AAAAAGGCGACCCGCUGAUCUCUUCCUUUGCGCAUGUCAAACAGGACCCUUUUUUAAACCUACUGCCCAUUAUCCUUGCAUCAUUCUGCAAAGAAAGCAUUCGUAAAAGCGUCGCUUCUUUUAUUUCACAAUCUUUGAUUUGAAAUCCCUCAUUACUUGGUUUGUUUCUGCCUGGGCGGUGAUGAAACGUUCGUCCUCUCCACAUUCGUCAUCUUCUCAUCCAACAUCUGAACAUCAGACACGCAACAGCAACAGCAAGAGGCAAAAAAUCAAUAGCCCUUCCACCACAAACGAACAAGACUCGAUGGGAACCGUCGUUCUACCUUAUAUAAAUGAUCUUCUUCAAAAUUUUGAACAGGGCCAUUAUGAUCAAUGUCUGAAAGGCUCUCCUCCAGCGUUCGAUCAAUUAUCUAUCGACGAUAAACAAUCAAUCAGUGCAAUUGAAUCCACCAUCAAAUCACUGGUUGAACGACAUGUGCGUUUAGAGACCGAAAAUUUACGUUAUCAAGUCGCACUUCGUCAACAACAGCAACUGCUGUCCUCAACACACCCGUCCGAAGCGCAGGACGCUUCCGAACCAGCCACUAAACCAGAACGAAACGGUUCUGCCUUGUUACCUGUCACGCCUGAGGAUGGUAUAUGGAGUAUGAAAGACCAAAAUGUUGUGGAUAAAGUCAAGACGAAAUCCAGUGUAUUUCCACCUUUGUCAAUGACCAGCUACUUUUCUUCCAAUAAUAUCCCAACUCCACCAUUUACAACCUCAUCUUCUCCAAACAACUACAGUCUGACCUCCCCUCCGUUUACUCCAUCACCGGCCACUCAUCACUUCGCUGACAACGAUCUAUUCUGUUAUGAAUGUUUGAUACAAGCAACCAAAGUCUCUACCGCUGUUCACCAGGGCGACCUGAAGCAGCGUAUUACCUGUACUCAUGAACGCCACACUUCUCUACCUGCUGAUUCUCCUUUCAACUUGCUCAAAAACUCAAUGAACGUCAUGGCUGACCAUGUUGAACACAUUGUUCAAGCCGUCAACCAAGUCGCUCGCGAUACACACAAAGAAGGCAAACUUGGUUUGCGUGCCGAAGUCGAUGUCGAUGCGACCGAUGGUGUUUGGCGCGAACUGGUUGUCAAUCUCAAUUCCAUGACUCAAAGUAACCAGGAACAGGUUAGAGAUAUCGCUGAAGUCUCUACUGCUGUAGCCAACGGUGAUCUUAGUAAAAAGAUUACCGUCGAUGUGAAGGGAGAGACGUUAUUAUUGAAGAAUACUAUUAACACCAUGGUGAACCAACUUAAUCUCUUCGCUUCCGAAGUGACUCGAGUUGCCCGCGAAGUAGGAACGGACGGAAAAUUGGGUGCUCAAGCUAAAGUCGCUGGUGUGGACGGCACUUGGAAACUAUUGACCGACAAUGUAAAUACAAUGGCCAACAAUCUAACUUAUCAAGUACGAGAUAUUGCUAUGGUCUCAAAAGCCGUUGCUCGUGGUGAUUUGACCAAAAAGAUUACCGUCGAGGUAAAAGGUGAAGUCUUGGAAUUAAAGAAUACAAUCAACACAAUGGUGGACGAACUUUCUACCUUCGCCACGGAAGUCACUCGAUUAUCUGUCGAUGUUGGUACUGAAGGAAAAUUGGGUGGCCAGGCCAUUGUCAAGGAUAUGGGUGGUACCUGGAAGGAUCUCACAGAAAAUGUAAAUCUCAUGGCUAGUAAUCUCACCAACCAGGUCAGAGAUAUCGCCACGGUUUGUAAAGCGGUUGCUAGCGGUGAUCUUGGCAAGAAGGUCACCGUCAACGUCCGUGGUGAAAUGCUCGAACUGAAAGAUACCAUGAAUACCAUGGUGGACCAACUGCUUAUGUUUGCUGCUGAAGUCACUCGUGUUUCCCUGGAUGUCGGUACCGAAGGGCGACUGGGUGGACAGGCGCAUGUCAAAGACGUCGCGGGUAUUUGGAAGGAUCUUACGGAUAAUGUCAACACCAUGGCUGCCAAUCUUACCACCCAAGUACGAUCUAUCGCUGAAGUCACCAAAGCCGUCGCCAACGGUGAUCUUUCCAAGAAAAUCGAUGUAGAAACGCGAGGCGAAAUUUUAGAUCUCAAGAACACCGUUAAUAACAUGGUGGAUCAAUUGAAUGUGUUUUCCGCCGAAGUUACUCGUGUCGCUAAAGAAGUCGGUACCGAUGGUAAAUUGGGUGGUCAGGCCGUGGUUCCUUCCGUCGGCGGUACCUGGAAGGAUCUUACCGAGAAUGUCAACCUUAUGGCUGGUAACCUUACCACCCAAGUGCGAUCCAUUGCCGAGGUCACCAAAGCCGUCGCCAAUGGUGAUCUUUCCAAAAAAAUCGAUGUCGAAACACGUGGAGAAAUUCUGGACCUUAAAAAUACCGUCAAUAACAUGGUGGAUCAGUUGAAUGUGUUCUCAGCUGAAGUCACGCGUGUUGCCAAAGAAGUCGGUACCCAUGGCAAAUUGGGUGGUCAAGCCGUUGUCCCUUCGGUCGGCGGUACCUGGAAGGAUCUUACCGAGAAUGUCAAUCUUAUGGCUGGUAACCUUACCACCCAAGUGCGAUCCAUUGCCGAAGUCACCAAAGCCGUCGCCAACGGUGAUCUUUCCAAGAAAAUCGAUGUUGAAACGCGCGGAGAAAUUCUGGACCUUAAAAAUACCGUCAAUAACAUGGUGGAUCAGUUGAAUGUGUUCUCGGCUGAAGUCACGCGUGUGGCCAAAGAAGUCGGUACCGAUGGUAAAUUGGGUGGCCAAGCUGUUGUCCCAUCGGUAGGCGGUACUUGGAAGGACUUGACUGACAAUGUCAACAUGAUGGCUGGUAAUCUUACCACUCAGGUGCGAUCUAUUGCCGAGGUCACGAAAGCUGUAGCCAAUGGUGAUUUGUCCAAAAAAAUCAACGUCAACGUCAGUGGCGAAAUCUCAGAUCUCAAGGAUAUUGUCAACAACAUGGUGGACCAACUUCGAGUGUUUGCUGCUGAAGUCACGCGUGUGGCGAAAGAAGUAGGCACGGACGGCAAACUGGGUGGUCAAGCUGUAGUCGCUGGAUUAGGCGGCACUUGGAAGGAUCUCACGGACAAUGUCAAUAUGAUGGCUGGUAAUCUAACGACGCAGGUGCGGUCGAUUGCGCAAGUGACGAAUGCGGUAGCGAAUGGUGAUCUUUCUAAAAAAAUCAAUGUCGACGCUUAUGGUGAAAUUCUGGACUUAAAAAUCACGGUCAAUAACAUGGUGGAUCAACUUAACGUAUUUUCGGCUGAAGUCACACGUGUCGCCAAAGAAGUCGGAACGGAAGGCAAGCUUGGUGGUCAGGCUAUUGUUCCCAGUGUCGGUGGUACCUGGAAGGAUUUGACGGAUAAUGUCAACAUGAUGGCUGGUAACCUUACCACCCAGGUACGAUCCAUUGCUCAAGUGACGAAAGCUGUGGCCAAUGGUGAUCUGUCCAAGAAGAUUGAGGUGGAAACUCGUGGAGAAAUCUUGGAUCUUAAAAAUACCGUCAAUGACAUGGUGGAUCAACUGAACGUCUUUUCCGCUGAAGUCACGCGUGUCGCUCGCGAAGUCGGCACAGAAGGCAAACUGGGUGGUCAAGCGGUUGUCGCCGGUGUUGGAGGCACCUGGCUAGAUCUUACUGAAAACGUCAAUAUGAUGGCUGGUAAUCUUACCACGCAAGUACGAUCCAUUGCACAAAUCACCAAAGCCGUCGCGGGCGGCGACCUGUCCAAGAAGAUUGAAGUGGAAACACGCGGAGAGAUUCUGGAUCUCAAAAACACCGUCAAUAACAUGGUGGAUCAGUUGAAUGUGUUCUCGGCUGAAGUCACGCGUGUGGCCAAAGAAGUCGGUACCGAAGGCAAACUGGGUGGUCAAGCUAUUGUACCCAAUGUUGGCGGUACCUGGAAAGAUCUCACUGAUAAUGUCAACAUGAUGGCUGGUAACUUGACUACGCAAGUGCGAUCUAUUGCCGAAGUCACAAAAGCUGUUGCCGAAGGUGAUCUGUCCAAGAAGAUUAAUGUCAACGUCAGUGGCGAAAUUUCCGAUCUCAAGGAUAUUGUCAAUAACAUGGUGGACCAACUUCGAGUGUUUGCUGCUGAAGUCACGCGUGUAGCGAAAGAAGUAGGCACGGAAGGCAAACUGGGUGGCCAAGCUGUGGUGGCAGGUGUAGGCGGUACUUGGAAACAUCUCACGGACAAUGUCAAUCUCAUGGCUGGUAAUCUCACGACGCAAGUACGAUCCAUCGCUCAAGUUACCAAAGCUGUCGCCAACGGUGAUCUUUCCAAGAAAAUUAAUGUCGAUGUCCGUGGUGAAAUUGCUGAUCUAAAGACAACGGUCAAUGACAUGGUAGACCAACUUACUAUCUUCUCUGCUGAAGUCACUCGUGUCGCCAAGGAAGUCGGUACCGAUGGUAAACUUGGUGGUCAAGCUGUGGUCGCGGGUGUUGGUGGUACCUGGAAGGAUCUCACUGAGAAUGUAAACCUUAUGGCCGGUAAUCUUACCACUCAGGUACGAUCCAUUGCUGAAGUCACCAAGGCGGUAGCAAGUGGUGAUUUGUCCAAGAAGAUUGAUGUUGAAACUCGCGGAGAAAUUUUGGAUCUCAAGAACACUGUCAAUAACAUGGUGGAUCAAUUGAACGUCUUUUCCGCUGAAGUCACUCGUGUUGCUCGCGAAGUCGGUGCUGAUGGUAAACUGGGUGGCCAGGCUGUCGUCCCUUCUGUUGGUGGAACAUGGAAGGAUCUUACAGACAAUGUCAACAUGAUGGCUGGUAACCUUACCAGUCAAGUGCGAUCUAUUGCCGCUGUCACCAAUGCUGUCGCCAACGGAGACUUGAGUAAAAAAGUCAACGUCGAUGUUCGUGGUGAAAUUGCUGAUCUCAAGAAUACCGUCAACAACAUGGUGGACCAACUUCGUGUGUUUGCAUCUGAAGUUACGCGUGUGGCAAAGGAAGUCGGUACCGAAGGUCGUCUUGGUGGUCAAGCUCUUGUACAAGGUGUGGGUGGUACCUGGAAGGAUCUCACGGAUAAUGUCAACACCAUGGCUGCUAAUCUCACAACGCAAGUACGAUCUAUCGCUCAAGUGACGAAAGCGGUUGCCAGUGGAGAUCUUUCCAAGAAGAUUGAAGUUGAAACCAGUGGUGAAAUCUUGGAUCUCAAGAAUACUAUCAAUAACAUGGUGGAUCAGUUGAAUGUGUUCUCUGCUGAAGUUACCCGUGUCGCUCGUGAAGUAGGUACGGAGGGUAAACUAGGAGGUCAAGCUUAUGUCAAUGGUGUGGCAGGAACCUGGCAAGAUCUUACAGAAAAUGUCAACAUGAUGGCUGGUAACUUGACCACGCAAGUACGAUCUAUUGCACAAGUCACCAAGGCUGUCGCUAGUGGCGAUCUUUCCAAGAAGAUUGAAGUUGAAACUCGUGGAGAAAUUCUGGACCUUAAGAACACUGUCAAUAACAUGGUGGAUCAGUUGAAUGUGUUCUCGGCCGAAGUCACACGUGUUGCUCGCGAAGUAGGUACAGAAGGUAAACUUGGUGUGCAAGCUCAAGUCGAGGAUGUCGAAGGAACUUGGAAGGAGAUCACAAGCAAUGUCAAUACCAUGGCAGCCAAUCUUACUUCACAAGUGCGUGCCUUUGCCCAAAUUUCUGCUGCUGCCACUGAGAAUGAUUUCUCUCGAUUCAUUACUGUUUCUGCCUCUGGUGAAAUGGAUAGCCUGAAGACAAAGAUCAAUCAAAUGGUCUUCUCUCUCAGAGAUGCUAUCCAAAAGAACACCCAAGCAAGGGAAGCGGCUGAACUGGCCAAUCGAUCUAAAUCAGAAUUCUUGGCCAACAUGUCUCACGAAAUUCGUACACCCAUGAACGGUAUUAUCGGCAUGACUUCACUCACACUGGAGACAGAGCUUACUCGACAACAACGUGAAAACUUGAUGAUUGUAUCCAGCUUGGCCAACAGCCUAUUGACGAUCAUUGACGAUAUUUUGGAUAUUUCCAAGAUUGAGGCAGGUCGCAUGACGAUUGAAUCCAUCGAAUUCUCAUUACGGUCAGCUGUCUUUAGUGUUCUCAAGACACUUGCUGUCAAGGCCAAUCAAAAGAAACUGGACUUGAUAUACGAUGUUGAUAAUGCCAUUCCUGAUCAACUGGUUGGCGACCCUCUUCGUCUGCGUCAAGUGAUUACUAACCUUAUUGGUAACGCUGUCAAAUUCACCACGGAAGGCGAAGUGGUUCUGAAAACGAAGAUCAUUGGAACGGAUGAAAAUAUGGUUACACUGCAGUUCUGUGUCAGUGACACUGGUAUUGGUAUACAAGAAGACAAAUUGCUGAUUAUUUUCGACACAUUCUGUCAAGCUGAUGGAUCCACAACACGUGAAUAUGGUGGAACUGGUUUGGGACUUUCCAUCUCUAGACGCCUCGUCCAACUUAUGGGAGGUACGGUCUGGGUGGAGUCCGUAUACGGUAGAGGAUCUGAAUUUUACUUCACAAUGCAAGUGAUGGUGGGCUCCACGCCCUUCCAAGUUAUUGAAGACAAGAUGGCACGAUUCCAAAACCGACAUAUCUUAUUUUUGGAUAGUAUUGGAGACACAACCGAUCUCCAAUCAAGUAUUGAAAAGCUGAAGUUGAGGUGCACUAGGGUACGUAGUAUACAAGAAGCCGCCAACAUGAAUGCAGCUCGGUCCAAGGAAGCGCCCAUCUUCGACACGGUUGUGGUUGAUAAGGUGGCACAUGCAGAAAAGAUUCGUGAAAUUGUUCAUUUACGAUAUACUCCGAUCGUCCUGAUUGCACCUUCUAUUCGAAGACUCAACAUGAAGUUGUGCAUUGACCUUGGUAUCACUGGUUACAUCAAUUCUCCCGUCAAUCUUCCAGACUUGGCUCAUGCGCUCUUGCCGGCGCUUGAGAGUCAUGCUGCUCUUCCCAGCGACUUGACGCGACCUAGUCCUUUGGAAAUUUUAUUGGCGGAAGAUAAUAUUGUCAAUCAGAAAUUGGCUGUACGAAUACUCGAAAAAUUCGGUCACAAGGUCAAGAUUGUGUCCAAUGGAAAGAUGGCCGUGGAUGAAUUUGGUGAUCGACCAUAUGAUUUGAUUCUUAUGGACGUACAGAUGCCUAUUAUGGGAGGGUUCGAGGCCACUCAGAAGAUUCGUGAAAUUGAACGAAGCGCAGGAUUGGGCCAACAUAUUCCAAUCAUUGCCUUGACCGCUCAUGCCAUGAUCGGAGACCGUGAAAAGUGCUUGUCUGCUGGCAUGGACGAGUACGUGACAAAGCCGCUCAGGUGAGUUCGAAAACUGGGAUUGAAGGGCCGAACUACUGAAACCUAAC